AUGCCUGAAAGAUAUAGCCUUCGGCGGAGCACUCGAGUCCAGAAAGUGAAGAAGCAGCCCCUCAAAGGUUCGCCCAAGGAUCAAAUUGCGCGCAUUCCAAUUCUUCUAGAAGAGCUUGAUCUUGAUGUAUCCCAUGCUCACAAAAUCCGAGCCCCUGAGAUUCGCCCAGUCUUGACUCAGAAAAAGAGAAGCUGGAAAAAGUGGGCCAAAGAGGAGCCUCUCACCGAUCCAGCAAAGCUUCCACGAGGCUGGCAUAUGAACGAAGAUGACCUUGCAAUUGAUGAUAUUGAUGGCCAAAUAAAGCGGUGCCAUGAGCGAAUCGCCGAGAACAUCAUGCCUGAUAUAUUUCGGCAAAGAUUGAAGGAGUACACACUUGCAAAGGAUGAAAAUGAGCAAAUGAGACUCGCAGAAACCGAGAAGCAUCCAAGGUCGACCGACCUUAGCUUUGAUGUUAUUCAAAGAUUGCAUACCUUGGAAGCUAUCAAGACAGAUCUAGAGGAAAGUCGCAAGAAGUCAAAGUCCUCUGAUGCAUCCAGACAAUUAUUGAAUAUAAACGCGAUUCUGGAAGCGUAUCGGUCGAAGAAGCUUGAUUGGAAUGACGGGUUGGUGACUUAUUGGGCAAAGGGGGUCCAGAUCUGCCAACCAAGAAAUUUUGACUGGGAUGAGUUCGAGAUCAUCAACUCAAAGUAUAAUCACAAAGGAGCUUUUUGGACCGAAGGGCUUGAUGGACCUGGCCCCGAGCCGAGUUAUGCAUCACUGACAGCACAACCUUCUCAGUACCAACGGAAAUUAACUGGGUUGACACUGGCCCUUCGCCUUCCAAACACUGCAUGGUUUGCCGAAUUGGAUUUCGUUCAUGACACCGGCUGCAGCAUGAUGGGAAUUUACAAGAAUGAUAUCGCCACCAUUAUGGGUCCAUACUCACAGCUCGAGACGAACCAUCCUCCCGUGAUUGGCAAAGCCCGAUCUAGAAGUUCAAAUGGAGAUAUCAGGGCGAGAGAUAUUAUCGAAGUCGAAGUCACGAUUCUGGAUAGGAAUCGUCGGAGAAUGACAGCUUGGUCAAGAAUCCCAUGCGCUAUCUCCGAAGGAAGCUGGACUCCCAAUAGCGUGCCACGCUUGGAUGGUCCUAUCUUGCGGGAUACGCUGUAUACUGCAACAGCACCGGACUUGCAACGUUUUGUAUACUUUGCAAACACAGCUCACGAUAUUCAAGAUGUUUUGCCAAACGUGGAUCUUGAAAACAACCCACCUACGAUCCCAACUUCAUACAUGUCAACAGUCAAAGCUAUUAAGAGCCCCCGGAUUGCAAGCCCAACUCCCUCACACGUCGCCAAACAGCCCGGAAUGAUGCUACCUAAGAUUAUGCCAGGCCCAGCCUCAGGUGCUCCGCCAUAA